AUGAAGGGUCUUUUCUCUUUCGCCGUGGCCUCGGCCAUCACUGGCGCUUUCGCUCUCCCAUCUCCCGUGGAAAACGGUCCCAUCACUGCUCGCCAGGCUGCAGCAUGUGCCACUCCCGUCACUCUGUCUGGCAACCCCUUUGCGUCCCGAUCCAUCUACGCCAACAAGUUCUACUCAUCCGAGGUCGUUUCUGCGGCUGCUCAGAUGACCGAUACUGCUUUGGCGGCUAAGGCUCUCAAGGUUGCUGACGUUGGAACUUUCUUGUGGAUCGACACCCGUGAGAAGAUCUCCGUCGUCGAGGAUGGUAUCAAAGACGUCCCCUGCAACCAGAUUGCCGCACUAGUCAUCUACGAUCUGCCCGGUCGUGACUGUGCCGCCAAGGCCUCCAACGGUGAGCUUGCUGUUGGCGAGCUCAGCGUGUACAAGUCCGAGUACAUUGACCCCAUCGUUGCCAUCUUCAAGAAGUACCCCAACACUGCCAUCGCCCUCGUCAUCGAGCCCGAUUCGCUCCCCAACUUGGUCACCAACGCCGACCUCCAGACCUGCAAGGACUCCGCCUCUGGCUACCGCGACGGUGUCGCAUACGCUCUGAAGCAGCUCAACCUGCCCAACAUCGCCAUGUACAUCGAUGCCGGUCACGGAGGCUGGCUCGGCUGGAACGACAACCUAAAGCCCGGAGCCAAAGAACUAGCAACAGUCUACAAGGCCGCAGGCAGCCCCAAGCAAGUCCGCGGCGUAGCCACCAACGUCGCCGGCUGGAACGCCUGGGACCUCUCCCCAGGAGAGUUCUCCGGCUCCUCCGACGCGCAGUACAACAAAGCGCAAAACGAGAAGAAGUACAUCGAGCUCUUCUCGCCCGAGCUCAAGUCCGCAGGCAUGCCCAGCCAAGCCAUUGUCGACACGGGCCGCAACGGCGUCACUGGCCUGCGUGAGGAGUGGGGCAACUGGUGCAACGUCAACGGCGCUGGUUUCGGUGUUCGUCCUACGAGCAACACGGGCUCUUCGCUUGUGGACUCGUUCGUCUGGGUUAAGCCUGGUGGUGAGAGCGAUGGUACGAGUGAUAGCUCGGCCACUAGGUACGAUUCUUUCUGCGGAAAGCCCGAUGCCUACCAGCCCAGUCCUGAGGCUGGUCAGUGGAACCAGGCGUACUUUGAGAUGCUGGUUAAGAAUGCUAAGCCUGCUUUGUAA